GAUGACCAUCACUUCCUGUCUCCUCGUAUCCGGUAGCCCAAAUGCAUUCUCAUUCUUAUUCCCAUGAACAUAAUUUCUUCUCCUCAUGCUCCAGAUCACAUCUCUCCCUGCCAGAAUCAAAAUCCAUGAGCCAGCAUAAACAAUAAGCCCACCCAAAGCCCAUCCAUCCAUAUCCACCAAACAAUGAAGAACCCCAGAGCCAGAACUAGAACCACCACCAGCACCACCAGCACCACCACCACAACUAAACAUCAAGAAAACCAUCCCUGCCAGUAUCCCGGAUGCCAUGCCCACUACCGACGAAAAGAGCACCUCCGCCGCCAUGCAAUCCAACAUAUACGUGAUCAAUCCUUCCCGUGUCCGAUCUGCAGUCAGCAGUUUGGUCGAAAUGACACCCUCCGUCGCCAUCUUCGCGUGAAACACCACCAGCAUCAACCUGCACUGCGCAUUCGUCGAGCAUGCGCGAAUUGCCGGGCCGUCAAGGCAAGAUGUGAAGGGAAGCCUGUCUGUACGGAGUGUCGAAGGAGAGGGAUUUCGUGUUCUUCUUCUUCUUCUCCUGGACAUGAACAGGGAGGGGAGUCUGUCUUUGAUGCUUGUGAUUCUUCUGCUCUUGGUGAUGAAGAUGCCACAGUUACUGUUCUUUCUGAGUUGCAGAAGUCGAGUCCACGAUUACCAUCGGUACAGCAGCCACGGCCCAACUUCCUGAAAGAGGAAUACUACGUGAAUGUCUUCUUCGAGAAGUUCCACCCACACUGGCCAUUCAUCCACCGAGGCACAUUCCGCGUACGCCACGAGAUGCCGAUACUGAUUCACUCGAUGGUCGUGAUUGGGCUGUGGGUUAGCGGUGACGAGAGUGUGCGAUCUGUCGCAGUGGAACUCCAUGAACGGGUGAAUUCGGCGAUAUUGGAUCAAAAGGAGAAGUGGGCCCUCCCAACCCCAACCCAAACCCAAAAGCCCACCACCACCACCACCACCACCACAACAACAACAACAACAACCACUAGACCCCCCUGGCCCAUCCCCCUCUACCAAGCCAUCCUCUUAAACAUCAUCUUCUCCCUGAUACUUCACCCCCCCUCCCACCUCACCCUCACCCUCAAGCCCACCAUCAGUAUUACCCACCCAACCACGUCCUUCCUCCUCCGCUCCCUCGUCCGCAGCUGCCGCCUCCACGGCAUGUUCUAUUUCCCGAACAUGAUCGCUCAGUUCGAUGUAGGCAUCACGCAGUAUAUCCUUGUCAGUGUGGAGGAGGUGAAAAGGCUUGUUCUGGCGCUGUGGAGGGUUUGUGCGAUGGUUUGCAC